AUGCAGGUGAUCGUCUACGAUUUGGUGACAGUGCCACUCCAGGUCUUUCAACUGGAUGCGACCUUCCACGAGACCAAGCGCGGUUUGCAGCUCUUCACCACCGUCUUCUGGUUGCUGGACAUCCCAACCAACUUCCUGACCGCUGUCUACAUAAAUGGCGCCUUGCAAGUGGACCCCUACAAAAUUGCUCGGGCCUACAGCCGAUCCUGGCUCUGCUUCGACAUUCUGGUUCUGAUCCCGGACGUCAUGGCCAUUGUCGAGGGCGCUCAAGAUGCCGCAGAGGGCACCGAAAGUAUAGGUCUCCUCCGAGCUGCACGAACCGGUCGUUUGCUUCGCUUGGUUCGCUUCCUUCGCAUACUCAGGCUUGCGAAGUUGCUCCAGGUGUUGGGAUCGCUCUCGGCACGCAUCAACCACGAGUUGGCAUUGCUUGCCUUCGGCAUCACGAAAAUGAUCUUCCUGACCGCAUAUCUCGGUCAUUUGCUAUCUUGCCUUUGGUUCGCAGUUGGUGAUGUCGAGGAUGGCUGGGUGUACACCAAAAACCUGAAUGGUGCGCCUUUCCAUCUGCAGUACCUGACAUCUUUGGAGUGGGCACUGUCGCGCAUCCAUCCCUCGGCCAUGCAGAACAACAUGGCCCUCCAAACGGGUCCAGAGCGAGCACUUGCAAUCGCUGCGAGCUUCCUUGCCCUGGGCGUUUCUUCCCUUUUCAUCAGCAGCAUCACGAACACCAUGGCGGACAUAAACCGAGAGCGUCAGCGAAAGAAACAGAUUCUUUACUCGGUCCGCGACUACUGUGGUUCUCAUCGCAUCUCCUCCGGUCAUACACUGCGCAUCAAGCAGUAUGUUGAGCGCGAGCAUCAUCGCAAGAAGACCCAGCAGCUUCACUUGGAGCUCUUGGAGACCCUGCCGAAGGACAUGCUCUUCGAGCUCUUCCACGAAGGCCGCAGCCAGGCGCUGCAGCAUCAUUCCCUGUUCGACCGGCUUGGCCGGAUUGAUCCUGUUAUGGAACUCAACUUCUGCAACAAGGUGCUGGCAGAGCUUCAUGUCAUGACCCUGGACAAGGUGUUCAUCUCUGAAGACACUGGCAAGGCCAUGUACAUACCCGCUGCAGGGCAGUACAACUACGAGUACCUUCCACCAAAUCUUCGGGCGGCACCGGCCCAACCAAAGCAAAGCAAGAUGCGGCGCCUCAUACAUCGCCUGAGUCUCCGCAGCGCAGAAUCCAAAGUGUGGCCGACAGAGGUCACGACCACCACCGCAGUGGGUCCAGGCGAUUGCUUGAGCGAGUACUGCCUUUGGGUGGAUGGAUGGAAGCACCGCGGCAAUCUACAGGCUGCAGUUGACGGCAGGUUGAUCUCGGUACAGGUCAGUGAGAUUGGCAAAUUUCUGCCGUUUGCCUGCAACAGAUCUUCUAAGCAGGUUGUCUACGCCCGCUUCUUCUUGGAAGCCUUGAACAGGCACUUGCUCCUUCAACGUGGCAUUGUCACAGACCUCCCGCUGCCUUCCGCCUCUGAAAAGGAAGAUGCAUCCUUCAGCAUGCUGCACGCACUGAAGUCCUUUCAAGUCGUGAAUCCAGCUGAAGAAGCAUUGGCGCAGUGA